UUGGGGGUCUUACUGGUCUGGAACUCCCCAGGAAAAUGUGGGGGAGGCUCUGGCCCCUCUUCCUGGGCUUCCUCACAGCAACUGCAGUCCCUGGACCCUCACUGCGGAGACCAUCCAGAGAACUAGAUGCCACCCCGCGGAUGACCAUCCCCUAUGAAGAGCUCUCCAGGACCCGGCACUUCAAGGGUCAAGCCCAGAACUACUCAACACUGCUACUGGAGGAGUCCUCCGCAAGAUUGCUGGUUGGAGCCCGAGGUGCCCUGUUCUCUCUCAAUGCCCGUGACAUAGGAGAUGGGGCUCACAAAGAGAUCCGCUGGGAGGCCUCCCCAGAGAUGCAAAGCAAAUGUCAUCAGAAAGGGAAAAACAACCAGACAGAGUGCUUCAACCACGUGCGAUUCCUUCAGCGGCUCAACACCACCCACUUCUAUGCCUGCGGGACUCAUGCCUUCCAGCCCCUCUGUGCAGCCAUUGAUGCUGAGGCCUUCACCUUGCCAACAAGCUUCGAAGAGGGGAAGGAGAAGUGUCCUUACGACCCCGCCCGUGGCUUCACAGGCCUCAUCAUCGAUGGCGGCCUCUACACAGCCACACGGUAUGAAUUCCGGAGCAUCCCUGACAUCCGCCGCAGCCGCCACCCGCACUCCCUGAGGACCGAGGAGGCCCCGAUGCACUGGCUCAACGAUGCUGAGUUUGUGUUCUCUGUCCUGGUGCGGGAGAGUGAGGCCAGCACAGUGGGUGACGAUGACAAGGUUUACUACUUCUUCACGGAGCGUGCCACUGAUGAGGGCCCCAACAGCUUUGCUCAGAGCCGCAACAGCCACCGUGUGGCCCGUGUGGCCCGUGUGUGCAAGGGAGACCUGGGAGGAAAGAAGAUCUUGCAGAAGAAGUGGACCUCCUUCCUAAAGGCGCGUCUCAUCUGCCACAUUCCGCAGUAUGAGAUGCUCCGUGCUGUCUGCAGCCUGGACGCAGAUGCCUCAGCCCGCACGCACUUUUAUGCAGCCUUCACGCUGACCACACAGUGGAAGACCCUAGAGGCCUCAGCCAUCUGCCGCUACGACCUGGCCGAGGUGCAGGCUGUCUUCGCAGGUCCCUACAUGGAAUACCAGGAUGGUGCCCGGCGCUGGGGCCGCUAUGAGGGUGGGGUGCCAGAGCCCCGGCCUGGCUCAUGCAUCACAGAUUCAUUGCGCACCCGCGGCUACAACUCAUCCCAGGAUUUGCCAUCCCUGGUCCUGGACUUCGUGAAGUUGCACCCACUGAUGGCUCGGCCUGUGGUGCCCGCACGCGGACGGCCCCUGCUGCUCAAGCGCAGUGUGCGCUAUACACACCUUACAGGGACACCUGUCACCACGCCUGCCGGGCCCACCUACGACCUGCUCUUUCUGGGCACAGCGGAUGGCUGGAUCCACAAGGCUGUGGUACUGGGCUCUGGGAUGCACAUUAUCGAAGAGACGCAAGUGUUCAAGGAGCCCCAGUCUGUGGAAAAUCUGGUCAUCUCUCCAAUGCAGCAUAGCCUCUACGUGGGGGCCCCCAGUGGAGUCAUCCAGCUACCCCUGUCUAGCUGCUCCCGCUACCGCUCCUGCUACGACUGCAUCCUGGCCCGGGACCCCUACUGUGGCUGGGACCCCAGCACCCAUGCCUGCACCAUAUUCAACAGGUCCCAGGGUAGCAGGACAGCGCUGAUCCAGGACAUGGAGAGAGGCAACCGAGGCUGCGAAGGCAACAGGGACACGGGGCCACCGCCACCACUGAAAACCCGCUCUGUGCUCCGAGGGGAUGAUGUCCUCCUGCCCUGUGACCAGCCAUCCAACCUCGCGCGGGCCUUGUGGCUGCUCAACGGGAGCGUGGGCCUGAGUGAUGGGCAGCAUGGCUACCGCGUGGGCGUGGAUGGGCUGCUGGUGACAGACAUCCAGCCUGAGCACAGUGGCAACUACGGCUGCUAUGCCGAGGAAAACGGCCUCCGCACCCUGCUGGCCUCCUACAGCCUCACAGUCCGGCCGGCCACUCCCGCCCCAGCUCCACAAGCCCCCGCAGUGCCCGGAGCACAGCUGGCACCUGACGUGAGGCUGCUCUAUGUGCUAGCCAUUGCCGCGCUCGGUGGCCUCUGCCUCAUCCUCGCGUCCUCCCUCCUCUACGUGGCCUGUCUUCAGGGAGGCAGACGAGGGCGUCGAAGGAAAUACUCUCUGGGUCGGGCUGGCCGGGCAGGGGGCUCUGCUGUGCAGCUGCAGACUGUUUCAGGCCAGUGUCCUGGAGAGGAAGAUGAGGGUGAUGAUGGGGAGGGGCCCGGAGGACUGGACGGUGGCUGCCUCCAAAUCAUCCCUGGGGAGGGUGCCCCGGCCCCGCCGCCUCCGCCGCCCCCACCCCCGCCAGCUGAGCUGACCAACGGGCUGGCGGCCCUGCCCAGCCGGCUGCGCAGGAUGAACGGCAACAGCUACGUGCUCCUGAGGCAGAGCAACAAUGGAGCGCCGGCGGGCCCCUGCUCGUUCGCCGAGGAGCUCAGCCGCAUCCUGGAGAAGAGGAAACACACGCAGCUCGUGGAGCACCUGGAUGAGAGCUCUGUGUGAGCCCAGCCUCCUCGGACAAAUGCUCUGCCAAGCCAGCCUGUCUGCCCCGGGCUGGGCUGCUGCUUCCCCAACACAGCCACUCUACCUUCACCCGCCCAACUCCAGACCCUUCCCCCAACUUUUUGAUGUCCCUGUAGGGCUGGCAGAAUCAGGCCCAGCCAGAGCCCCCUCCUCAGUCUCCACAGACCCAUCUGUGAGCAGCCCAGGCCAACCGGUGCUCCUCAGAGGCAGGGCUCUGCAGGUCCAGAUGACCUCAAUGUCACCAUCCUCUGCAUGGCCCUAUGUGCUGGACAGUCCUGAAACCAGACAAGACUUCUGCUAGCCACCAGAGCCACCUGAGCCCUGCGUACGUUCACAUGUGCACAUGGAUGAAUGUCAGUCAGCUGGGCUGCAGGGCCCCCACCCCCAUCUCCUGGUGCAUUCUUGUGUUUCAUCUCUCCUGGACUUUGGGUCCCAUCCUAUCUAGUCCUCUCCCCUAGUUCUAGCCUCACGUGCUGACCUCUUUGGCAAGAGCUUGGGAACAGGCCAGUCUGGGGAGGUAAGACUGUGUCAUUCUCCUCUUCUUCCUUAUUGUGCAGCCCUCGUGAGUCAGCCUCCCCACCCCAUUGGUCACUCUCAAGAGUGACAGAGCCCCAGGCAUUUCCCUUCACGCACAUGUGCUUACAUUUCCACGUGCAUUUCUGAGCCUCCCUUUGCUGCCUCGGACCUGCGUUUGCUGGGUUUGGUCCGUGGACAUUUCAGAGGGAGAGCCCUCUCCCGUUCAGCUGUCCUCUCAGACAUUUCCCUAGGACGGGUGACAACACUGCAAUGAGCCAGCCUCCCUUUUGGGGACCAAGCAUUUGCUACCCCUAGACCAGAGCAGGGGAAGGAGAUCUGAUGUCUCACCUGGCACAUGAAGCCCGUUCUUGGAACUAUGCAAAGGGCAGAGACUGGGAGUUUGGAUGCUUGGCUCCCAUCCCUGUCCUACCUCACCGGGGCACUUUCAGGGUCCAGGGGCCUCUGAAGUCUCCAGGCCCACAUGGGACAAUCAAAUCCUGACUGAGCUCCCCCAUUCCCCUUGGGUGAGGAUGACUGUUAUUUUUGUAGCUGAGAACGUGGAAUCUCCACGGAUUUUUACUGCCCCUCACCCAACCUCUCCCACCUCCACCCCACAAUGAAUGUAUUUAUUGUGAGAACGGCGCUACUUCUUUAGGAAUGCCCCCACUCACCACCCAGGUGGGCAGAACAGGCAUGUGACAGAGUGGGGAGCCUGGGCUCAGCUCCUCCCCCUCCUGUUGGUUAAUAAAUACCCUCUCUCCCCCACAGCUAUGUGUGUUCCACUUGGUCUAGACUGGCUUUCCCUGAUCACCAGGGGGCAGGCUUCUGAGCCUACCGAAGCAGCACUGCAGGGUUGGCUCUGCUCCCCAUAAAACCAUUUGCAGAGAAAACUGGGAUCCUCAGCUUCCAUCUGGCUGCCCUGGGCAGGUAUAUAGGCCUUUAUAAGGCUCCCACUACUCACUGGUCAUGGUGAUAGGGCAUGACAAACAAAAUUACAACUGUUCAAGAAUUCAUACAAAGGUUUCUAGGUUUCUACCUCCUGGCUCUCUUCCUCACCAUUCCUCCCCCUUGUUUUAGCUAAGCCUAGAAGAUGCUCCCUGUUUAUCAGUUCUCUUGCUCAUCCACAAGAAGCUUUUCGGUACCUCCCCUCCCCCACCAAGGGACACCAUGACUUCCUUUCUGCUGCGGGGCCUGUCUUGCGGAAUAGUUAGGACCAGGGCAAGCUUGUUACCAGGGAUCUGGCCUGAGAAUCACUCUCCAAGGGUCAGGACUAGAUUAAUCACAUGGCCUUUGAUACUAACCAUACUGAAGGGUUAUAUGUUCCGCUUCUGGUUUUAGGAUAAUGAAAAAUGAGGUGAUAUUUAAAAUCUACACAUGU